AAUGUUAAGUGCUUAAGAAAUCAAUAAGUAAAACAACUUUAUGCUAUAUCUAUCUUUGUUUGAAGUAUAAUGAGAUCUACUAUAUAAUCUAGUUUGAAAAAAAUAAAUAGAGGACUAAGAAAUUCUGUAAAACAUAAACAACAGGAAAAUAAUUUAAUACUCAUUAGUUUCACAUAUUAUAAGAAUAUACAUGAU